AUGGUAAAAUCAGAAGCAGUAAAAAGUACUAAAUGGGAGUUAUCUGAAGAGGGUCUUCUAGUCGCUGAAAAUGGCAGUCACGAAGCUGUCCUCUACAGAAGUAUACCAGACAAUGGAAUGCCUCAAGCUGAAGUUAUGAAGACUGUACCAAAUGCAAAAGUGGGUUUCAGUAAAGCAAUGUCGUCUGGAUGGAUAAUGAUUGACAAAUCUGGUGGUGCCCCUUUAGUAAAACGUAAAGUAGACAGUAUAACAGAUACUGUGCAAAAUCACUUGAAUGAAAUAAAGAAAGGUAUAGACAACUUACCAGAUAAUGUGAGGAAUGAUUAUAAGAAGCGAAAGCUGCUUCAAGAGAUCACUGUGAAGAGUUUCCGUCUGAUGAAAGGACCCCAGUACUCAACCACUAUUAAGAAAUUAGAAACUGAUUUAACUAGUGAGAUGCUUUUGACAGGGUCUUGGAAAGAGUUGCAGUUCAAACCUUACAAUUUUGAUGCACUUGGACAACCCCCUGAGUGUGGAUACCUCCAUCCAUUGCUGAAAGUUAGAGCCGAGUUUCGUGAGAUUUUCCUUGAAAUGGGAUUCUCUGAGAUGCCCACCAACCAGUAUGUGGAGAGCUCUUUCUGGAACUUUGAUGCGUUGUUCCAACCUCAACAGCAUCCCGCCAGGGAUGCUCACGACACAUUCUUCGUUUCCUCACCUGCCACCACUACGGACUUCCCAAUGGAUUACUUGGAGAGGGUGAAGAAGGUACACAGCAAGGGAGGCUACGGGUCACAGGGUUACAGAUAUGAGUGGAAGAUCGAUGAGGCGCAGAAGAACCUGCUACGGACUCACACAACCGCUGUGAGCGCUCGCAUGCUCUACCACUUGGCUCAGCUAAAGGAAUUCAAGCCGCAGAAGUACUUCAGCAUUGAUAAGGUGUUCCGCAACGAGACGCUGGACGCGACGCACCUGGCCGAAUUCCACCAGGUGGAGGGCGUGGUGGCGGCCGAGGGCCUGGGCCUGGCCCACCUCAUCGGCGAGCUGGACGCCUUCUUCUCGCGGCUCGGCUUCGACCGGCUGCAGUUCAAGCCAGCCUACAACCCCUACACGGAGCCCAGCAUGGAGAUCUUCGCCUACCACGCCGGGCUGGGCCGGUGGAUCGAGAUCGGCAACUCGGGCGUGUUCCGGCCGGAGAUGCUGCUGCCGCUGGGGCUGCCGGCGGGCGUGGGCGUGGUGGCGUGGGGGCUCUCGCUCGAGAGGCCCACCAUGAUCAAGUACGCGCUGGACAACAUCCGCGAGCUGGUGGGGCCGCGCGUCGACCUGCGCAUGCUGCGCGACAACCCGCUCUGCCGCCUCCGCAAA